AUGGUCAUUUCUAUUUAUAGGUUGCUAUCUUUAGUCCUUAUUACCCUUGUUACUGUGUCUGUAGCUCAAUCAAAUGAACUUCAGGUGAUUGCUUUGCGGGGUGAAAUAGAUGAUGCAGUUAGUCGUUUUGAACGAUCACUCCAGGUCUUUGGUUAUAAGUACACGUUUGCCGAUGUUUCCACUUAUGGACGCAUUCCAAAAGAUGUGUCCUUCUCUGAUAAACUACACACUAUCAGACACAUUACAAAUGGUCUAGAUUCAGAAUUCGUUCUCAUCCUUGACAGUCAUAUAUCACUCCUGCUGAACCGCCCAGCUGAUUUGAUUCAACAAGCCGAUCAAACUGGUGCCGACUUCUUGUUUAUUGAAUUGGACACCAAUUCCGAUAAAACACUGCCUUCUGGAGAUGAAAUCUUCAGUGGUAUGCUGGCUAGAACAAAGAAAUUGAAUAACCUGAUCGAAACUCUACCCGAUGAACCCUCCGAUAGUCAAAAUUCGGACAAAAUUGUAAUUGACAAAGAUUCCGUUCUCUUUCAACUUGUUGACGAUGAUUCCGGAGUUCACCUGAAAAUUCGAUAUGAUGGUGACCGUGGUUACGUCCAAAAUGUGAGGAAAGACACCGUACCACCUAUUCUUAUUGCGUCUGCUGAAGGAAAGCACAAAUUAAACUCACUUUCAAACUACCUGGCUCGUGCCUGGUCACCAGAAUCCGGUUGUCAAAUCUGCGAUGAAGAAAAAUUGGACAUCUCCCGCCUUAGCAAGGACGACUACCCAAUUGUUCAAAUGACUGUUAUGCUAACUCAACCAACUCCAUUUCUCGAAGUCUUCUUUGAACGCCUUGGAAACCUCACUUAUCCAAAGAAUCGCAUUGAUCUGGUCACCUACUGCGCAGUUGAGAAACAAAAGCCCAUUAUUUCUGAAUAUGUGGCUAAGUACGUCAGCGAGUAUCAUUCAACAAAGGAAGUCCAAACAGAUCCAAACUAUGGCCCAUAUGAUGCUUUCAGAGAGGCUAUGUCUUACUGCUGGAAAGACACCGAAUGCAAAUACGUGUUCUACGUUGAAACCACAACUCAACUGACAAAAGUUGACACCUUGGAACACUUGGUAGCAGCAAAGCGCAAUGCAAUUGCACCGAUGAUGACCCGACCUGGCAAAUUCUGGUCCUCUUUCUGGGGUGCUGUCACUGAUGAAGGUGCCUAUGCUCGAUCAGACGAUUAUUUCGACAUCGUCGAACGUAGGCAAACGGGAAUUUGGAAUGUUCCAUUGGUUGGAGGCUCGAUCCUUUUCUCCAAAUGGGCGAUUGAACAAAUUCGUGAUGAAAUUGAAGAUUCUGGGUUUCUUCUAUUUGACAUUUCUAAUGCCGCUUUCCAUCGUAACGUUUUCCUGUACGUGGACAAUCGUAAAGAAUUUGGUCAUUUAGUAAAUCCAGAAACUUACAACUUUGAUCACCUUCAUAACGACCUCUGGCAGAUCUUUGAUAACCCGAAAGACUGGGAAGAUCGCUAUAUUCAUCCGCUUUACCACAAUUUUACUGGUCCAACUGUUACCAAAGACGAUUUCGAACAACCUUGUCAAGACAUCUUCCAAAUUCCUUUAAUGUCAGAGACUUUCUGCCAACAACUCAUUGAAGAAAUGGAACACUUUGGAAAAUGGUCUGACGGUUCAAACUAUGAUCCGCGACUUGAAAGUGGCUAUGAGAAUGUUCCUACCAUUGAUAUCCAUAUGAGACAGGUUAAUUGGGAAGAGCAUUGGAUGCAUGUCUUGCAGAAAUACGUAUAUCCCAUUCAACUCAAACUCUGGGAGGGAUACUAUGAUAAACCAACUGCUAGAAUGAACUUCGUCGUCAGAUACAAACAGGGUGAACAGCCGUCCCUGCGUUUGCACCACGAUGCGUCCACGUAUACACUGGAUAUGGCUCUUAAUCGUUAUAAUGUUGAUUAUACGGGAGGUGGUGUUCAUUACCCACGAUACAACUGCACCUUAAGAGAAACUCGCGUUGGUUGGCCAUUGGUUUUCCCGGGUCGCCUCACGCAUCUUCACGAAGGUCUGGAGACUACUAGUGGGGUUAGGUACAUCUUCGUGACUUUCAUUCAUCCCUGA